AUGUCGACGGGCACGAGCGACGGCGAGACGGAGGCGGCGACGUCGCAGGAUCGGGACUGCCGCUGGCGCUCCGCCGUCUCCCCCUUCUUCCCGGCGUCCGUCACGCGUCUCCUGCUCAACGCCACCAGCGUCGGCUCCACCAACGCGCGCUUCUACAGCCCCUACUUCGACAAGAGCUUCGAGCUGGCCGCCACGCUGGGCGCGCCGGGCGCCAAGAUCUGCGGCGCCGCUGGACGGCGACUGACGCUGGCACUGCCGCACCUCGUCCGCAGCGUCGACCUCGGGACGGGCGUCGCCCACGACAUGCCGCCGGUCGAUCAAGUCGGGUUCGACUUCGUCGUCUACGAGACUACGACGGCGGCGACGGCGCGGGCCGCGCUCUCCGUCGGAAACGGCGACGGCGGGUGGACAGACUGGGGCUUCACCCCGUACGAGUUCGGACCGGCGUUCGUGCCGUCGCCGAGCUGUAACCCGGUCUUCCACGGUGGGUUGCUCUACCUGCUGGGACAGGACGGGAGGCUAGCGGUGUACGACCAGCGCAUGCACGACCAAGGGUUUGAGAUACUGGAGAAGCCCCGGAGCUUCGGGUUCGAAUGCGAGGACAGCUACCUCGUCGAGUCCGGCCAAGACGAGCUCAUGGCCGUCCUGGUCGGCCUCCGUGGGCCGCCGGUCAACGUCGUCAAGCUCAACGAGCACGCCAUGGAGUGGGAUAAGGUGGAGAGCCUGGAGGGGAGCGUCCUGUUCACCGGCACGCUCACGACGACGAUGAAGAAGACCGGCGCCGGGUGGAUGCAGGACAGGAUCUUCCUCCCCAGGCUCUUUGAUUGGCCCGAGACCAUCCCUGCCGACCUUGUUCAACAUGACGACGAACUCGCAUUUGUGCCGAAGCGGGAGUGCACGUGGCCUGCUGUGAGAGAUGACACCUAUGUGACAAACAUGUGGAGUUAUAAACUGGAACAAAGCAGUGAAGAAGCAAGAGAAUUUUGGGAAACAGGAAAACUAGAUUAUAGUGUCUGGGUUGAUUUUGGUAGUACUUAG